GAUAUGCAAUUGAUUUUAUUGUUUGUUUGUGAAGCCACAAAUAACCAAAAGCGUCAUUUUUGUAGUAAGGAACAUGUCUCGAAGGCUACGGCAUUGGCAUCGGGUAUACUACAUUGUACUACUUAUCUAUUUUUAGAAUGAAACAUUUCCGCAUACGCAAUUUAAUAAAUAUGUCAUACAGUAGACAGUUUUACACAGAAUUCCAAAAUGUAGCAACACAUUUUAAAUCUUACAAACAGCUACGAAAAUCGAACGAAGCUGAACUAUAAUUAACCCUAUUUAGGACAACAUCAUAUUCCGCCGUCAUUACAAUAAGGUGUACAUGUGACCUCCUUGCGGGCUUGCGCGACCCACAAAUGACAAGACGUGUCAAACCAACAAUUAAACGUCACAAAAACAAGAUUUAAUUUUAUAAUUUGUAUAAUAAAAUGUCUAUUGCUAGUUCAGAUUCUGAUGCCGAAUACCAUGCGUUUUCUGAACGUACCCUGGCUACUAUUAAACCAGAGGCAUAUGAAGAUGCAGAGGCUAUAGAAAACACUAUUUUGGCGAAUGGCUUUGUGAUUCUUGCUAAGCGCACGGUUCGCUUGACCCCGGAGCAGGCGGCGGAGCUGUACAAGGGCCACUACGGCCGCCACCACUUCCCGCAUCUCGUGGCGCACAUGUCCAGCGGCCCUAUCAUCGCGCUCGUCCUCGCUGCUAAGAACUGCAUACAGAAGUGGAAGGUUCUUAUGGGACCCGCCAUGGUAUUAGAAGCCCAAGCGUACUGGCCGGACAGUCUGCGCGCUUGUUACGGCCGCCGUACUAAAUAUGGCGACUACUUCAACGGUCUCCACGGCAGUGAGAAUCACGCUGAAGCGCUCAGAGAGAUACACUUUUUCUUCCCUGAUAUGAUAGUUGGACCGUUGCCCCGUCAUUGGCAAGUCAACGACUACAUACAGAAGUACCUUGCUCCGUCACUGCUACCAGCUCUGAAGUCUUUAGCGUUUGAAAGGCCGGCGGCACCUGUGUUGUGGUUAGCCGAGCACCUUCGUAAGCACAACCCUAAUGAGCCCGAGAUUGCCCCGCAACCGGCAGAGCUGAGGGAAGAAAAACGGUGCCACACACCAGAGCCAUCUGAAGAGUCAGUUGUGAAACUGUAGAUCCUCUUAUUAAGUAGGUAUUGUCAAUGUUAGCCCUGAUUCUGUUAACACCAACUGAAUUUAAUUUG